AGGCAGCACUGUUGUGUGAGCAGCGGAGGGGAAGUGGCGACUGAUCUGGGUCCGCACCUUUUCCGGUAACACGGCACCGUUCAGGCUGAGAGGGAGAGCGGCGAGAGCGUGGAGACACGGCCCGGGGAGCGGGGAGAGACAGCCGAACACCGAGGGGGAAGAAAGUCGAAUGAAUCAGUGACCUUUUCGAGCGGUUUUCUUCUGGAUGUCCCGCUGCAGAACCCCACUUGAUUUCGGGUAAUUUUUGUUUUGUUUUUUUUGUUUUUUUCCUACUCCUUUUUAUACUUUCUAAGAAACCCUCGAGUGUAGCAUCUUAAAAGUGAGGACCAGCCGAGUGAGGAAGUGUGAACCCCGGGCCUGAUCUAUGAAACCUGUUUCAAGUGCAACUCGGCUCACCAGCAGUACAGAAAACAAACCAAAAAAAACACUUGAAAUGCGGAUUUUGAAGGAAGUUUGUGCUCAUCUGGGUAUGUGAGUGAUUUGGAACUUAUUCAUCCUCGCCCGCUUCUUCAGUCACUUUUGCCAGAUUGUAUACCAGCAAGGGGUUUUUUGACACAUCUUGAAGAGUUGAAGUAUUUAUGCACAUUGUACAAGAUGGGGAAUAUAUUUAUGAAGAUCUUCGGCAGCAAGGAGAUGAGAAUACUGAUGCUCGGACUUGACGCCGCCGGGAAAACCACCAUCUUGUAUAAGCUGAAGCUCGGACAGUCGGUCACCACCAUCCCCACCGUCGGCUUCAACGUGGAGACGGUCACUUAUAAGAAUGUGAAGUUCAACGUGUGGGACGUGGGAGGACAGGACAAGAUCCGGCCGCUUUGGAGACAUUACUACACGGGGACCCAAGGCCUGAUUUUUGUGGUGGACUGCGCCGACAGGGACAGGAUCGACGAGGCCAGGCAGGAGCUCCACAGGAUCAUCAACGACCGAGAAAUGAGGGACGCCAUCAUCUUGAUCUUCGCCAACAAGCAAGACCUGCCGGAUGCUAUGAAACCUCACGAGAUCCAGGAGAAGCUGGGCCUGACACGGAUCAGGGAUAGGAAUUGGUACGUUCAGCCCUCGUGCGCGACAUCAGGGGACGGACUCUUUGAAGGUCUGACCUGGCUGACCUCAAAUUACAAAUCUUAAUGUUUCUCUCUCACCAGCCUGGACUUGGAUGCAAAAAAUAAUAAUUAAAAAAAAUGUAGCUGCGAAUGGAGAAAAAAAAAAAAAAAUGCAAUCAGAAGAAACAAAACCUCUCUGCGAGUAUACAUCAAAGAGAAAUGCAACUAUAUUUUUUCUUUUUUCUUUGUUUUUGACAAUGAUAACGUCGCUGUAAUCCAUAUUUCAUUUAAACUAGACAAUUGUUUUGGCAGGCUUUCUUUUCAUAGUUCACCUUUGGUUCUGUAUUUCACUCAUAUUCUGUAUAAUCAUUAGUUACGUUGAGCUCUUAUUGCGUAAUUCUUUUAAUUUCACUUGUAUAAUUCAUCUGAGGGCACUUUGGGUUUAAGGGUUACGGCACACAUUUCAAGGUUUUUGCCGAAUGUCCGGCUACAUAUCCAAAGUUUGAGGUAAAAACGUCCCAAAAUCUCCUUCGGGACUUUACUCCAGAGAGAGUUGCCUACAUCAGCAUAUUGUAUUCAAGGCUCCAACCGCCUCUAAUUUGUAAGAAUGUGUUUAACAUACAUAAGGACCUCACGAAAAAAAAAAAAAGACGAUUGUACAAACUUUUUGGGAUGAUUGUUGGAAUGUUUGUGCUUAUUUUCUGUGCGGUGAUUCCAUCCAUGUCUGGUUUGGUUGUUGUUUGAAAGAAACUUCACGGAUGUUGGAUGUGUUCCGCACAGGAUGCGAAGGUGGCCGAACAUAAUGCGCUUCAGAAACGGAUCGCCUGUUUUGGAAAGUUGCUGUGUGCUUCCUGUUUCAAAACGAGGCUCUAAACCAGAUGCUUCUGUUGCCAGACAACUUCUUGUUUACUGUCGGUAUUUAAUUUUUCUUAAAUGCGUAAAAGUUUGCAAAUUUUAACAUCUGCACCACAGUUUGUUACACUUCUGGAAGUCUUGCACUGUCGCAGAAUUCCGAUUUAAUCCAGUAAUUCCCACCUUUGCAUACUGUGAGGAACGGAUGGACACAAGAGAUGGCGGUUUCAAAACUUUGAACCAAUUUUGAAGUGUGUGUGAAACGACUUGGUAAUUGCGAUCUCUUUGCUGGUGCACCCCCUGCUGUCCGAACCCGGUACUGCGGCUGAUCUGUAGUUGUGACAGAGCUGGCUCUGCAAUGUGAUUCAGUCAUUUGGCUACAGUUUGUUGAUGCUGUUUCGGGUUUCAAGACAGCAUAUUCAGACGAGAUGAGAUGCAUUUCAGCUCACUUUAGCUCUCCUAACUUUUCAUAAACGACUUUGUGUGCCGAGCGGUUUUAAAAAAAAACGCUUCAAAUAAAUGGGCAGCCAAAUGAUUCAAAACUUGGUUCUGUUUGUUCCUGAUGUUUUGAAAGCACCACCUUUGAAACAGUGGUUUUCUUCGCUUCAGAUUGAACGUAGGUCUUGAAAACGCCAUCUCUAUUUUCACACUGUGAUAUGGAUUGAUAGAUAUAUAUAUUUUUUUUUCAAAUCAUGGUCUGAAUCUGUUACCACGAGUCUUAUUGUCUGAUUUGUUCUCCCAGAGCUUCCAUUUACUGCUGUUGUAUUUGUAGUAUCAGCUGCCUUAGGAGGGACCCUGGUUACAGGUGCCCCAAAAACAGUCAAGACGGAAUGUUUUCUCACUGCUGAGUUUUGCACUUUGAGACGGGGAUUACCACCUAGCUGGCUGUGCACAUUUAACUUUUUGACUUUUGGACCCCAGCAAGAGUUUACACAGUUACCAACCCCCAUCAACCAACUCCAUAUCGGUGCUUCAGUAGUUGCGACGGUCCUUGUUUGUUCGUUUUACCAUCAUCAUCUACAAAAAACAAAUUAGCAUUCUUUUUUUUUUUUUUUUUUGAUUUUUGUUUUGUUUUUUUUGCUAUGCUGAUGAAAUAAUAAAAAAAUGUAUCCAGAUCACUAUCGAAGUGACGCCUUUUCAGUGAGCAACCGCGACCUUUAGAACUGAAAACGGAAUACUUCAUGACUGAGGGGAAAAAAUAAAAUAAAAUAAGCGAGCUCAGUUUGCAGAAGAGGAAGUGAGAGUUUUGGGGCGUUGUGAUGGCUGAAAGAAAGGUAGAAUAAACUGUGAAGUGAGCCCUGGCGUGUUUCCUUUCUGCACUCGCAUGUGUGAGUCAUUGGCUGUGAAUAAAUGAUGAGAUCUCUG